AUCACAAGGGGAAAUAAAAAAGCAGAACAAUAAAAUACCAUCAACAAACAACAAUAAAUAAAUAAAUAAAAUGGCAAGGUCAUUUUCUGUCGUUGCUCUCAUUGUCUCUGCUUUUUGCUUCUCAUCUGUCUUGGCUGCUCGUGUUGCACCAAAUGCUGCACCAAAUGGUGAUGAUGUUUUCAUUGUUGUUGGCCAGAUCUAUUGUGAUCCUUGCGGCUUCCAAUUUCAGUCAAGGCUGAGCAAACCCCUAGACGGUGUUAAGGUGACUUUAAAGUGCACAAAGGGAGACAAAAACGUGACAUUCGUGAAGGAGAGUACCACCGACAAAAAUGGUGUCUACAACAUUGAAUGUAAAGGUGAUCACGAGGAAGAGGUUUGCAAGGUGAAAGCCGAAAAUGUGAAGGGCGCAUGUACAAAGAUUAUGGACAACGAAUCUGACAGCAUUGUCCUCACCAAGAACAUGGGUGUCCCUUCCUUGAUUCGUUUUGUUAAUCCCCUUGGGUUCAUGACUCAAACAAUUGAUGCCGGAUGUGGAAAGGUUGUUACCGAGUUGGGUUUGGACAAGCUUGAUGAUUAAACAAUCAUUCAACUUAUUCAUUAAUCCUUAUCAUUAAUGAACAAUUGACAUGUAACUGUUUAAACCAUUAUUUCUCUGCAAAAAUGUGUUGUUGGUUAUUAUAUGUAACUAUAAAAACUCAUGUUCAUUGAGUAUUAAAUGAGAAUUUGGGAGAUAUUUGCUAAUUUAUAUCUUCGAACAUUAUUGUAUUAUUAUUUACUAAAGAAUUCAUCUAAUAUUCG